AGUUUGAUCCCCACACUUUUUCUGCAAAAAGAGUGAUUCCUUCACCCACAUGCAACCUGCAUUACCACAGUAAUAUCUGCCAUUGCUAGAAACAGAACAAAACAACCUUCUAUAAUAACAACACACAAAACUUAACCUCUCUCUCUCUAUAUUCAUUCAUUCAUUCAUUUAUCAGAACGACACACUUUGACACUUGUUCAGUCCUCUCCUGUCACACUACCCUCAACACCCUUCACAUUCACCACAUUUUACCAAUUUGCCAUUCUACUUCUUCUUCUUUAUUACUCUUUCAUUUUCAUCUCUUCAAUGUAGAGAAGAGGCUUUUCAAACUUCGAGUUUUUCGACGACCCAUUUUCUACGCUAUACUAUUUCAUUCAACGUCGUUUUGCGAGUUUCUGGUUGGCUUGCACUGUUUAUAGCGAUGGAUGGUAGGAGGCAUUCUGUGGACGUUCCUAUUUCUAAAACUCUUGUAGCACUAAGGAGAGUAAGGUCAUUAAGGGAUCCUUCAACAAAUGGUAUUAGCAAGUUAUCUCCUUUGAUUGAUAAUGGAUGUUGGGAAAAUGGGAUUUCUUUGAGGUUUCUUAAUGCUCCUUAUGAAUGUGAUUUUGAUGAUAAUAAUGGUUAUUUAAGGUCAAAGGGUUUAGAUUUUAAGGAACAUAGAGGGCAUGCUACUACUAAAUUUGAAAUGAAUUGUCACAUGAUGAACUAUUGUGAGGAACAUCAACAAGAUGAUGGAAAUAAAUCCCCAAAAGAAAGCUGUUGUAGCAACCAUGAAGCUAAAGGAUUGGAUUUGGUUUCCAUUAACCCUUCUAGUAAUCAUUUGAAGGAUGAGGAAUCAUGCUAUUUAUCAACUGCAUUGUCAUCACAAUUUAGGAGAAUAGAUCAUUCAAAGUCCAACAGAAAGUUACUGCGGAAAAAUCGAGUGAAACCUUCUGAAUUGACGGGUGAUAAUGCAAGCUGUAUUAGGAGUCCAUGCAUUUCGGUUGACAAUGCUCUAUCACCUCAUAGUGUCUCAACACAUACACCUCAAGACGUUGAUGUUGAUGUUUUAGUUGAUUACCAUGGAUGUGGAAUAAGCUGUUGUUGGUCGAAGUCGCCGAGGUUUAGAGACUCAAAUCAUUAUUCUGAAAUGGAAGGCCUUCCUUUGAUGUUGCAGCAUGCUAAUGAGACAGAUUUCCUUGAACAUAAAAGCAUGAUACACAUUGGUGGUGAAAUUAGUCCAACAUUAGAAACUCCUAGAAGUUUAUCUAUGAAAUUCAGGCCAAAAUCUUUUGAUGAUUUGAUCGGACAAAAUGUGGUUGGGAAGUCUCUUUUGAGUGCCAUCUGUAGAGGAAGGAUACCAUCAUUUUAUCUCUUCUAUGGUCCUCGCGGCACGGGCAAGACCUCUGCAUCAAGGAUAUUUGCUGCUGCGCUGAAUUGCCUCUCCCUCGAGGAGCAAAAGCCGUGUGGUUUGUGUAGACAAUGUGUUUUGUUCUUUUCUGGAAGAAGUAAAGAUGUUAAGGAAGUGGACUCUCUGAGAAUUAAUCGCACAGACAAAGUUAAAUCCCUUGUUAAGAAUGCAUUCACAGCUCCGGUUUCCUCGCGUUUUAAGGUGUACAUUAUUGAUGAGUGCCAGUUAUUGAAUGGUGAAACAUGGAUGACUCUUUUGAAUAGCCUAGAUAGUGUUUCUCAGCAAGUGGUUUUUGUGAUGAUCACUCCUGAUUUGGAUAAGCUUCCACGAAGUGUGGUUACCCGAGCUCAAAGGUAUCACUUUGCAAAGAUUAAAGAUGCAGACAUUGCAAGUAGAUUGAAAAGAAUAUGUGCUGAAGAGGGUCUUGAAUCUGAACAAGAUGCUUUGGAUUUCAUUGCUACUAAAUCAUGUGGUUCUCUUAGGGAUGCAGAAAUGAUGCUUGAUCAGCUUAGUUUGAUUGGUAAAAAAAUCACAAUUUCCUUAGCCUAUGAGCUUACUGGUGUCAUAUCGGAUGAUGAGUUGCUUGAUUUGUUGGACCUAUCUUUGUCAUCGGACACUUCAAAUACGGUUAUAAGAGCGCGGGAGCUGUUGAGAUCAAGGAUAGAUCCUUUACAACUUAUAUCUCAGUUGGCGAAUCUUAUUAUGGACAUUCUUGCAGGAAAAUGUGAACUUGGUGGUUCUGAAAUCAGAAGAAGAUUUUUUGACAGGCAUGUUUCGGAAUCAAGCAUGCAGAAACUUAGUCAUGCAUUGAGAAUACUUUCUGAUACAGAGAAGCAAUUGAGAAUUUCUAAGAAUCAAACAACAUGGUUCACUGCAGCUCUUCUACAGUUGAGCUCUAUAGAAUAUUCAUCUGUGGAUACCAAUGAUACCAAGUUGUGUAUAAGAGCUGCAUCCAAUAGAGGUGGUGAUUUAUGCAGUACAUCGUCUACAGGUGAAAGCCUGAAGCAACUUGCUACAAGUCAAUGUGAUGAGAAGUCAUAUAAAAUAGAAGUACAAGAAGAUGACAAAGCAACAUUAGAUUCCAUAUGGUAUAAAGCUGCAGAGAUAUGUCAAUCUAGAAGGCUCAAGGCUUUUCUCAUGAAGCAAGGGAAGUUGUCCUCAGUUUGUAUUAACCAAGGUCUUGCAGUUGUGGAGCUGGAGUUCAACCAUCGCGCCUAUGUAACUCGAGCCGAGAAGUCGUGGAAACAAAUUGCAAGUUCUCUGCAGUUCAUAUUAGGUUGUAACAUUGAGCUCAGAAUCAACCAUGUACCUUGUACAUCAGAUUCCAAGUAUGCUAAGUUGAAAAGGUCAUCUUUCAAUUUCUUCAAUUGUUCGCGCAGAAUUCUACGAAAAUCACUAUCAUCCGAUGAAAAAGAAUGUGAAUCAGACUAUGCUGAUUACACCUCUCAAAAGCCUAUGAUGAUGGACAAAACUCUAUCCCGCUCCUCCGAUUGCGGAUACCAUGGAAUGGAGGUGGUAACAACUCUAAGAAGCUGUGAAGGGAAUUUACUAAGCUCAGGGAAAAUAAUUCUGAACAGGAUUGCAGAUCAACAAAUUCCAAGGAUUUCUUUUUCUAGAGUUGAAUCUGUCAAAGAAGAGGGGUACAAUUGUGAGCAUCUUGCUUCAUCAACACUUGAUUUAGAUCAUCGUUCCAACUGUUUUCCUCGAACACUUUGGCUUCAUAGAAAAUUAUCUUCUUCAUAUGCAUCAAAACAGAAGGACUUUUGUUUUAUCAAUCCUCAAGUACAAAUGUUCUGAGACUUGUAGCUAUGAUAAGGAGCCUUGUAUUUUUACACAGGUGAACCAAAGCUUCUUAGGAAAAGUAGGUUUCUUUUGAAUUUUUAUCAUUAUUGUCUUAGUAUUAGGCUAUUAGUAGAUUUUGGCUUGCUAGAAUAUUGCCAAUUUUGCAAGGAAUGUUACCUAAUCUAUUUAAACUAUAUCACUUUCUUUUAAA